CUCAAAGUCAGGUGUAAUGUAAAACACAUUUUUUCUUUUAUAAAGAAUUUUGUCAAAAUACAAGAUGUCCGCAUUAAUCUACUCUGAAAAAUUUACCAACGUGAAGUCUAACAUUGUCCAGAAAUGCCAAAUCUGUCCGUACUUCACAACAUUACCAUUUUUGAUGGUAAACCACGCUGAUAAUCACUCUUCACUGGUACCUUUUGGCUGCGAAAACAAUUUGGAAAAUUUUUGUUGCAAUGACUGCAAUUUCAAGACCAGUCUUACCACCAAUUUUAAAAAACACAUUAAAAAGUGCCACCAGAAAGAUAUCAGUUAUGAUAUCCAGAGCUACAGCUGCAAAAGUUGCAAUUUUGAAACCUAUUUUGCAUUAAAAUGGCUUCAGCACACAGUUACAUGUUCAACAGUUGAACAAGUUAAUUUAAAAUUGUAUCAAUGCAACAAAUGUUCGUUCUCUGCAGAAUUAAAAUCCGUGGUGGAACACAAAGUAAAUGUCCACACGAAAAUCAAUGCGUCAGGUUGGUACAAGUGUGACCAAUGUGACUACAGUUCCAAAAACAAAACCUGUCUGAAAAUACACACAGUCAAAAAACACGUAGCAGACGAAAAACGUUGGUACCACUGCGAAAAAAGACAGACUGAUAAAGACAUAGAGUGGCAUCAGUGUGGAAAAUGUUCAUACAAAACGAAAUACAGAUACUAUUUAAAAGUUCACGAGAUGUUUAUUCACACUGACGAGAACUGCAUCAAGUGGCAUAAAUGUAAACACUGUCCCUUCAAAACAAAAUACAAAAAGAGUUUAAUACAACACAUGCACUACCAACAUGAUAAAAUCAGGUGGUACCAGUGUGAGAAAUGUCCACACAAAACUAAAUACAAGUCUGGGAUGAAAAUCCACGUGAGAAACAAACACAGCGAGAAACCUACAGAUGAUCAAGUCAGGUGGUAUCAGUGUGACAAGUGUGCACACAGGAGUAAAUAUAAGUCUGCAAUGAAAGCCCACAUGACGAAUAAACACAGCGAAAUUGAGCUACUAAAAUGCGAAAAAUAUUCAUGUGAUCAGUGUUCAUUUAAAUCGGUUAAAUUGUCCAAUUUAAGGCAACAUGUGAAGAAGAAACAUAUGCGUGAAGUGAAAUGGUGUCACUGCGAAAAGUGCCCGUUUAAAACCAAAACGAAAAGUCAUCUUGACUCGCAUGUAAGAAAUAUCCACUUUAGUGAUAAUGAUAUCAAAUGGAUCAGUGCCGUUAUGACGUUAUGAUAAUUGUAACACUAAAAAUAAAAAUAUCGAGAUUGUGGUCUAUAAUUCGUACAUCUGUGGUUGCUUCGUUCGAUUGCAAAGUUUGCGAACGCACCCUGAAACGUCAAAUUUGUCAUCAGUUUGUUUGAGGUUAUGUUCAUUACCAACAAGUUUGUUUCAAAAUGUUAUUAAUUAACUGCGUUGUGCCUUAUUAUGUUUAACGAAACACAAUGUCAGUUCACCAUUCGUUCAACUGUGAAACUACCAACCUUGAAAGACAUCACUGCAACGACUGCAAAUUCCAGACCGAUCUGAG